AUGUCUGACAGUGGACUCAUUUUACAAGACCUGACGUUUGUUCACAUCGGGAACAAUGAUUACUUACCCGACGGUAACAUCAAUUUUGGCAAACGAUGGCAACAGUACAACAUUUUGGAUCAAAUGAGACUUUCUAUUAUUCAUUAUCCAUUCAAACGUAACGAACAGAUAAUUGAGUUUUUUGCCAAUUUUGAGGACUACUUAAGUGAGGACGCGAUGUGGCAAAUAUCAGAGGACAUAAAGCCCAGGGGUGUGACCAGAAAAUGACACAACCAUUCAUACAUUAAACGCCGUAAUGCCGUACCGUUCACAUGAAUAUUCAUAGCCAGUGAUGACUACAAAACACCACAACAAAGAAUAUAUGAAUAUAUUGUCUGAAUCAUAGUAUUCGCGAAAAUCAUUUUUCAAAAACCAC